AUGGCCCCAAAGCAGGACCGCACGUAUGCGAAGAUCGCAGAACUUGAAGCUCGCGGACUCGCCGCCCAAGCGAAAGCAUCGGUCGCAGUCCGCACGGCGGCGUCACGUGUUCAGACGAAAGCUUCUGGGGUGGUUGUGCCGGUGUUCCGGAGCGUUGAAGAGGUGUCGAUCUUCUCCCAAGGGUGGAUCUUCCCCUGGACAUCAUGCCCCUUCCUGCAUGCCCCGGGCAUAAGCGCGCUUUCCAAAGCGACAGCCACCCCGUUUCGGGGCAUUGCCCCUCGGCGGGCGUUAGCAGCAAAAACGCCGCCGUCGGGGCACAGGCGCCCGCCUGGAUUGCCUUCUCCGGAGGUCAUUGCGGUCGGUCAGGAGCAAGUGGAUUGCCGUCCACCAGCACCGAAGCCGACGGCACCGGGCCCUGCCCCCACUGGCAAAACUACUUUACUGGGCUCGACCGGGUCAGCACCAACAGCCCCAGGAACCCCUCCGGAGGCCCCAUCUGUGCUGUGCGACCCCAAUACCCAAGGGCGCAUCCUGAUACAAGGCGAUACCCCAUCGGCGGUCGCUGCGGGGCUCCAGCCGGUGCCGACCAAAAAGGGAUAUACAGAGGAAGCGAACCGGUCUUGCAUGGCGAACGUGCACAUGGCGGGAUCAUUACAACAGCCUCAAUCACAGGAAUCAAGCUCACGCUCAGCUGAUGCCCCACGUCAAGCCACGGAAGCCGCUGACAAAAGCAGCUCUGUGUAUGGAGCGGCUUGCGCCGCCUCAGGCUCCAGGGUUGCACAGGACGGCGGCCAUAAUGCGGCUAGCAACACCGCGAACGUGCCGUAUCCUGUUGUGGGUCGCCAGAAAUUGGAUUCAGCCUUCUUGGAGUACAACCGGCAGCAGCAUAUUCACCAGCUUCAGCUUGAAAGGAUUCAGCAGCAACAACAACAGGCUAAGCACCAAUUGCAUCAGCUCCAAUAUUUCCAGCUGCAGCAACGUAACCUGCUGCUUCUUCAGCAGCAGCACAUGCAGCAAUUUCGAUUAUAUCAGCUAUCCCAGCAGGAAAACAUUCGGCUCCAGCAGCUACAACAGCAGGUGCAAGUGCCGCAACAGCGGCGGAAGGGCGGCGCCUUGCUAAAGCAAAGCCACCCGGAUCCCGAACCACCUGGUGGGCCCGGCGCCCACUGGCCAGCCAACCCGUUGCGCCCUCCGCAGAGGCCGCGUCCUUGCGUGGCGUUUGGGACAGACCUUAAGGGUGUUGAGGCUACGCUGACGCGCGCACUUACAUCAGUCUUCCGCAAAGACCCCGACCUCUUCAGAGGCAUUUACGGCUUUGACCUCGACUGGUGGCUUGAUGCGCGCGGCAAGCCACUCGGCGACGCAGAGGACGAUUUACUCGUGGCAUUUCUGUUCCACAAUUUUGCCGCGGUGGUCGUGAGGGCGGACAGGGGUGCGGCCCCCGCCUGGGCCGGCCAACCCCAGCUGCUUAAUCCCACCAUAUCAGCGUUGCUGAAUGAGAAGGUGUACGGCAAUGUCCUGCUCCUUAGGAUCUUCAAGCGGGACGGGGUGAAGGACGGCGUUAUUGGUUCGGCUGACGGCAGCGGGGCGGCCUUGCAGGUCUCUUCCUUGACGCCAUCCCAAGUCCACGCACUCGUGCUGGAGUCGGACAACGUCGCAUGGCAGAUGGACUGGUACAAGAGCCUCAUGCCGAGUCUUGCGGAGUCCUUGUCAAGCGACCAUAGAGAGGGCUGGCUGUCGCGGCUACCACUAGCGCCACUCAAUGAGCAGGGUAACCCCGAUCUCCGGAAGGCUCUGGCGUUGGUCCAGGACUACUUUAAGAUUCCGCUACCGGUGCCGCGGGCCCGAACCACUGGCUGCGGAUCAGAUCGAGGGGCCGUUACUACAGCUGCUUCAUCGACGCCACCGGCAGCUGUCUGCCGAGGCGGGCGGCAGCAGCCGUCGGAUAGCGGCUCUGGAGUGGCGUCGGGGUCGCGAAGAGAUACCGCGGACGCCAGCAGGAAUGAGGACGUUACGGAGCUGGUACCCGCGGAGGUGGCUCCGCUGCUGAAGGCUUUGCGCUGCACCAGCCCCUGGUGCACGCCGGUCUGGCGGCGGAAGGCAGGGUCGCGGCACAAUGGAGGGCAUUCGACCUGCCCCUUUGGCCAUUUUUGGAGGAGUUUGGACCUGGGAGAGGGGAGCACCACUCGGACUCCGGUGUUUGACGCGGCGCGGCACUGGCCCUCAAAGCCGCUAGAGCCGGAGCUGUGCCCGUCGCUCAUCGACAGGCUGUCGCAGAUCGGCUGGGCUGUGGUCUUGCCGAGAAUGGAGGCGGGUGCAGGAGCACACGGAAACGCAUUACCUCAGGCUAAGCGUGCAACCCGUUGCUUCCGAGCCGUCGGUAAAAUCGGGACCGAUUUGUGGCUCAAUACUCGUAACCUAUACGAACUGUACCGGCGAUCUACAUCGCAUUUACUCGACAAUGUGCCCUACGCUGCUGACCUAACAAAGGCACCCAGCGCGGAUGGCAUUUUUGCCCCGGGUGGCAGCGCUGACAGUGAGGGACACGAGGGCAACUUGGAAAAGCGCGACACUUCCAAACCUGCGGCAGGAAGCCGGCAGCUGCUCCCGGAGGAUUUGACAUUCUACCUUAGCUUCUGCAGGGAAGGAUCACGAUGCCGCCGAUGCCACAGCUAUUAUGAGCUUAACUUAGCGGCGGCGCUGCAGAGGCUCACGGGGGUUGCGCGAAGCUCGAGGACAGGCGCAGCAGCGCCAGGCCAAGCUCAGGGGAGGUUGCCGCGGCUGGGCUUUGCGGUGCUGGCGAACCUCCAAGGCCCCGAACUGUAUGAGGAGGACACACAUGAUGGCGGUCCCAGCGACAAGCGCUCCUCUUCCGGAGUAGAUGCAAGCGUUGCCAGCGCUCAAGAAUCGGGUGCUUCACCGCAGGCAACGAGGUCAACGUCUGCUACCACGAGUAUUGGCGAUGCCUCCACGACUUUCAGCAGCGGCUUCAACUGGGCGGAUGAGCCGGAGUCAGCGGAGCCCGAUCCAAAGGCGGUGGCAUCGGCGGCACGAACGUCGGGUCGGGCGUCACAGCCCGUCCCUCCACGGGCAUACGGCAACGCGCCUCUAAUGUCGGAACUGCUUCGUCCACAGCGGCUGCCGCCACCGCUACCCAUGCAUGGGUUGUCCUCAGCGGCGCCGCUGCCACCGCUACCACCUGUGCCGUGUGCAGGGAACGGAUCAUUAGAAUGGAGCUCCCGCGCCCCGAUCUGUUGUCAGGAGCCCAGCUCCGGCGACAGCGACAGCACGGUUUUCCGCGGAGCCGCCGAGCGUUCCCUGCGGCGUGACCUUCGGCCGCUGCCCCAACUGCCAGAGACUUUGGACCUGGAGCCAAUGCAGGCCCGCCCUGACAAGACGGCUGUCGCCGCAUCUUUCACCGUGAAGUCGCGGAACGGAGUGUACGUGCCGCCGCACUUGAGAAAACCAGUGGAUGAGGAAACAGAGAAAGACGAGCAGAAAGAAGGGUUGAAGGUAAGUGAACUGCUGGCGGCAGAGGCUCAGAGUGCAACGGCGCCCGCGGGGCAGCGCACAUCUUCGGUAGAGGCGCAAGGGGUACCACCGGCCGCCAAGGAGCCGCAGGCAUCGCUAGCGCUGGCAACGGAAUCAUCUCAGAUGAUGGCUGUAGUGGCAACGGAACCGCAGGCGCCGAUGCCACAGGCUGGUGAUUCCGUAGGACCGUCUCCAGGAGAGGAGUUCAAACUAGCCGCCUUUAGCGCCUCUAACGCAAAGUCUUCUGUGUCUGUCACACCCGUGGCAUCACUCGAUUCGCUGAUGGAGGCGGCCCAGCCACCCAACCACGGCAUGGAGGGACAGCAGUACUUGGGCAUCUUUCCACUGCAGGCGCAGGCCCAAGCCUUGGCUCCGCCUGGCCCCUAUCAGGCGAACCCGCAGGUGCAGGAGCAGCCUUCUGUUCCUGUCCUUGUCCCUGUCCCAGUUCCGGUUCCGGUUCCUCUCCCGGCAGUGCAGGACGCUUCGCCUCAGCUGCAGGGCGCGCUUGACGGACAGUGUGUAGCUGCCGCAACGUCGUUCCUGCCCCAGCAUUGGCCCGCCGCGAGCAACUCAGCACAUGCUCCGCUGGUACAGCCCAUUCCCUCGGGCGAUAUGCCCAGCAUUGAGAUGGACUGCACAUUGGGCGACUGCAUGUCCCUCUGUGAUCUCUCCUUUGGGGGCACACCUCAGGCCCCGCCUCCGUCGUCUGCGCAGCAAGCCAGCCUGGGGAACCAAGGACACGUUUUAGCUGUCGACAUGUAUGACACUACAGCGGCACCCAAUGACCGGCCGACGUUCGACGGCAUGCCGACACCACCACCACCUGCCGCCUUGUACCCGGCCCUGCACAUGCCGGCAAGGCUGGGUCUGCAAGUCCAUGCCCCGCCUUUUUCGCUGGCACACGGCCCUAUGGAGCAAGCACAGCAUUCCACAGUCGGCGCCGUGGGUACAGCAGCUUCAGCGUCCAUACGCGCCGCCGAGUCUCGCACCCGGUCCAUUUGCCGUGUGCACCGCCGCAAGCUCUUGAUAACUGGCUACACUCUUAGGGGUAUGCAGGGUUCCGGCCGUUGCCGGGUAAUAUUCGGACGUCGCUUCCGGCGUGCGGAGCAGCAAUUGCGGUUGAAUCACAUCGUGUUGCUCAGGGAGAUGUACUUCACGACUCGCAGGGUCCGGACACCAGGCGAGGCAGGGGGAAAGGAGGAGCGUAGGUUUCGAGCCGCAGACAUCCUCUCAGUUGCGUCUCAGACAUGGUCUGUCGAAUGGAGUUAUAAGGACAGGAGUUAUAAGGACGUCACGUGUUGCAGCGUAAGGGACUCAUGCUUCCCGGAAAAAAAGCUGGAACAGUGGAUUGUUGAUUUAUAUGCCGGAGCAGCCUCGGCCGUGAGGCAGUUGCUUGGUUUGGACGUUGGCGAUAAAAUAAGCAGAACGCAUUGGAUUGAGGCUGAGUUCCCUCAAACAGGCGCCUUAGUGCGCCUGUAUGUGGCCCUGGGCGUUAAGCCCGAGACAGCCACGCCACGCUGUGCCCCGGGCGCUGUAGCUGAGUGGCACCCCCUCCGCAGCAUAUUCCCGCCGGUGAAUGCAAUUCUUAGGGCGGACAAUGGCGCCGGUGGGCAGCCUGCUGUGGAUGCCAAUGAGGAUGAGGAGGGGGCCAACCUGCUGCUGGAAGCCGGGAUUGCGCCCUUUUUGGCGAAGCUUAAGGCAUUGCUGAACAAGUGCGACGCCAGGCAUUAUCGCGUCGCUGUACUGACGUCUCUGCGUUCCCAUUUCACUGCUACGGGCCCCACGUCCUGCGCACCCUUGUCCUGCGCUAGGCACCCGGAGUGGCGCAUUUCCCAGCUGGAUCCCAACCUAAUGUGCCUGAUCCAAGCGGCAAUGGUGCCUCCCGCCGCAUCCAACCAAGAGCACCAGCAGGGGGCAUCUCCCACUCAGCCGCCGUCACAGCAGCAGGAGCAGGCACCUGGCGAAGGGCUGCCACCGCAGCAACAGCAGCAGGAGCGUUCAGGGCUGGAAGGGAAGGCAGGAGGGCCAGUCCAGGGUCAGCAGCCAGGCGCUGCGGCGGCAAGCGGAGCCGGAGCUGCUGCAGGCGACAGCCAGGCGCCGUCGGGGGUUGGUAUUGAGCCAGAGCCAGAGGCUGAUAUUGAGCCGGGAAUACGCAACAACGGCCAGCCCGCAGACGAGCCGGGGCCUGAACCAGCUGCCACCGCCGCCGAUGGCGGUGCCUCUGGCGAAGUCGAGGUUGAGGGGGCUGCUGGUGAGACGCGCGGCUGGCGCGGGCCGCGGCCCAAGGAGCAUCUUCUGGAGUACUGCCGCUCUAACAACCUGCCCGAGCCGUGCUACAGCCUGGUGGUGAAGAAGUCAGCUCGAAGACCGCUAGUGACCGCCUCGUGCAUCCUGUCGCACCUUGGGGUGACAAUUACGCCGGACAUGCACGUACCCGGGGGCAUCAAUGCAGCAUGUCAAGCGGCCGCCCUCGCGGCGCUGUUGUGGCUUGAGGGAGCGCUGCCUCCCGAUGGCGGUGAGGCGGUGCGUGUGGUGCCUGUGGGCUGGCCGCCGCUGCUGUCAGAGGCUCGAGGGGAGUCCUGGGAGGCGGCCCAAAUGGCCCGCAAGGCCGGAGGUGCUCGUAGGGAGCUCGAUACGGCCCAGAGGGAGGCCUUGUUGCGGGAGAUGGACAAAAAGCGGCAGCGUCUGGUGGAGGAGGCGGCGGAGCUGGAGCGGCUCAUGGCGGCAUUGCGUGGCGGUGAGACGGUUCCGGAGCCGGACAUUAGCCGCCUGACUGUAUCUCUGGGGCUGGGAGGCGAUGGCAGUAGUGCUGACGGCGGUGGCGGUGGUGGCGGUGGUGGUGGUGGUGGCGGCAGCUGGACACCGGGGCAAUGGAGCCUGACGACGGGGGCGGCACCGCCGGCCGCCGGCACCCGCGGGGCAAAGCGAAGUGCUGACGGAGGCGACAUCAAUGGUGACAGCACCGGCGGCCUGACUGUUGGGCUACGAGCGCUGCAAUUUCGCAGCGGUUCCGAGCAGCUGAGCCCCAGCUCCGCGUCGGGGGCAGGAGCCGGCGGUGGUGGCAGCCGAGGUGCUGGUGGCGGCAGGGCUCCAGGCAUCAAGCGUCCCCGAGAAGAUGGAGUGAUGGCGGGAAGUCACAGCGUCGAGGGGACCCCGGGGCCCGGAGCCAAGAGUGUCGUGAUGGUCAUUCGGACCGAAUAUUCACGUCCGUAUCAUUUGACCUUUUUAACCCGUGUACGUUACAACCUGCCUUCCCGGUGCCAAAGUGGGACAUCUUCAUAUCUUUGCAAAUUUAAAAUUGUACGCAAUAAACCCUUUUUCCAGGAGCUUAAGGAGCUCUGCGACAGGCGACGCUGGCCGCAACCCCAAUACAGCUACAAGCCAGGCAACGGACCAGGGGCGGCGGCAGUGGUGACGCUGCCGGCAGCGGCCGGGCUGGGGGAUGUCAGCAGCGGGCCGCAGGCCUUUAACAGAUGGUGCGACGAGUACGCGGACGCUCAUGGUGGAAUGAAACCGAAAGUGGAGGACGUCAGGAAGUGGCACAGAGAAAAUGCCGAAAAGGUUUGGCCUGAUAACAGCGAACGCCCUUCGGUCUUUCUUGCUGUCAGUCACAAUAAAGGAAGAAGAGUGCGGGGUCACAAGACUUGCGAAUACUACAAGAGGUAUCGUGCGGGGAAGGCAGCCGAACAACAGUUGGCGGCGCGCCUUCAACCAGUAGCCCUAUCCGGACGGCGAAUCCUUGCUGUGACAGCAGCAGCGCGCAAGCUCAACACGGACUGUACCCGCAUCCACGCAAAGCGCUUAUCCUCUGACGACGUGGCGGGCCAUGUUUUUGAGCACACCGGGGAUGGGGAGGGAGACCUGCCAGGACUUGAACGCAUGGACAAGCGCCGUCGUUUACCUUCCAUCACCGAUGGACCAUUAGACCGCCGGCCAUUGCGGCCCGGCGCCGGCCUAAGGCGAUCCUCCUCGGACGGGCUGUCUGAGGAGCCUUCGUGGGCUUCAGGCGCUGACACUAGCCAUGACGACGGGGAGAGACAUGAGGACAGCGGUCUGGCCGUGGGGGUUACAGUGCCGAUGCAUUCAUCCCGACGUGCACCGUACCCGUCGUUCCCUCAAUCGCUGAACCCGCGCGUACUUUUGCACGGCGCCCGCACGGGAGUGCAUAUCACCGUCGUACAUCGUGACUCGGACGGGCGUACGAUACAGUUGGAGACGCAACCAUCUAAGGGAGGGUCGCACCAGGACAGCGGCGUCCACCUGGUGCCAAUUCCAUACUACGCAGUCGGGGUCAGUUGCCAUGUGCCUGAUGCCAAGCUUGCCGUGCCGGAAGCCGGCUUGAGGCAGCAGCAGCAGCAGCAUUGUCGGGCGCGCGAUGUGGCUGCGAUUGAAUACAAGGCCGCCCAGAGCAGGGGACCCCGCGUCGCCGCUAGCCGCCCUUCAUCUGCCCGUGGCCGCCUCGGUGACGAGACGGAGCACCACGAAUUGAGCAACGACGGCUCAGCCGCUAAUUCAGAGGGCGGAGCGGAAGGCGCGCAGCUUCACCAGCACCAGCGGCGCACGUACGGGACCCCCGAUGGCGCCCGGCAAGGCAGCCCAGCUGAGGAGCCCUCAAGCGGUGGAGGGGGAUCUCACGGCGGCUGGACCUGGGCAGCAGGGCAGCACCCCGGCGUUGCGCCACAGAUGUGCCGGCGAGCGCGCAGCGCCAGCGAAACCAAGCAGCAGCGGCUCUUGCCAAGAGUUCGCCGCUAUGUGCGGACCCCGUUGGGCUCCGUGCCGGUGUACAUCCUGGACCGCGCUGCCGGCAGCGGCGGCGGCGACCAUGGCAUGGCGUCACGGCGUGUGCGGCGGCCGCAAUGGAACUCCGGUAGCGGCCUCGGCGAAGACCCGGGGGCUGCGGUCUGCGAGGUCAGGGACCCCUUGGAUCUGCUAGCAGAGGCCGCAUGUGACGUCUUGGACAGCCCUCGACGACCUGCGGGAACGAAGGUGGAGCGGGAGGAGGGCGGUAUCGGGGAUAUCGGCCCUGAGCAGCUGGCGGAUGGGCACACCAGGUCGAUGGGCACGGACCUUGCUGUGUCAGCUCAGGCUGCGGGGGCUGGUGGUGUUACUUUUGGGCCCGAUGGCGGUAAUGGUCCUGCCGCUGAGUUGGACGAGACUGUUGUGGGGGCCGGCGCCCCAGCUGGCGGACGCUGCGAAGUUGACGAUCCAGGCUCCGCUGUCGAUCGUCACAUUGCUGCAGCUCAGGGGCAUCCUUGCGAUGUGAAGGUGGAAGCCGACGGUCAUUUUCUCGGGGCUGGCUGCGCUUUGGACAGCACGUUGGGUCCGGAGCAGCCGCAUCGAUUGCAUGGCCCAGCAGCGUCGGAGUUGGGGUCUGCGGCUGUUGUUGUCAAGCAGGAGGAACUAGCUGGAGAGGACAAGCAGUGCGAUGCACCGCUGCCGACUCCUGCUGCAGACGGAAAAUGCUGCGCGGCUGUGGGUUUGCCGGGCGCGACUCCAGAUUGCAGUCUUUUGGCAGUGGCGGAGGGCAAUGAGUGCGGAGCGGUUUCAGCGAGAUCUGGAUUUGGGUCGGGACUGGGGCGUGAGUGCGAAGCCGAACAGCAACCGAGUCAUCGACGGAGCCCAAGGCGGCCUGUGUCCUCCUUGCCCGCGGAAUCUAAAGGAGUGCAGGCAGCAUCGGCUCUGGUGCCGAAAGAGUCGCCCAUUUUCCGUCAGUUGACGUCAGCAGCCGUGGCUCAAGAGUUAGAGAACAGCAUCCUUGGCUGCCCCACAACGGAGGCUGAGGCCGGGGGGCUUGACGCCAGUGGGGCAGGGGCCAUUGCAAGGCAGUCCCGAUUGCCACCGCAGUGUCAUUCCGGUGGCAGCGGUGGUUGCGCAAUGCAGGCCCCCUGCGCAGACAGCCUCUUGUGCGGUGGUUCCAAUGGAUCCGCCGGUCGGCUGCCGCCCCUUGCCCCAGCCGACUUAGGAGCGGAGCUUGUCACUCGGGCUUCUGCAAAUGCAGCUGCAGCAAACAUGGCCGCGGCUGUGUUGCACGCGCAUCAGGCCAGGCUGUCGCUAAAUGCUGCUGCCGGUGGGCUCGGUCUGGCGCUGGGACACGGCGCCGCGGCGCCGCCGGCCUUGCCACUGUCUGCCCUGGCGCUGCAAGGCGCUCUAGCGCUCCAAGGCGCACUGGCGGCUCCGGCUGGGCCGCCGCUACUGUGGCCUCCAUUGGGACCCGAGCACAUGACCUCUGUGCUUGCUGGCGGCCCUGCCUUGGCUGCUGCCGCAGCGGCGGCACCGCUCUUCGCGGACGCGUCCGUGCUAGGCGGCGCGCUGGUGGGGGCCAGCGCUGCUGGGAGCGCCGGUGGCCACCAGCUCCUGCCCAUGGUGCGACUGCUGCAGCUGCAGAUGGCGGCUCGAGGACUGGACCCGAACUCGUGCCAUGAAUAA